CGUUGACGUCACGCCGGGAGGCAGCAGGCUGAGCCGAGUCUGAGCAGGAGGAACAAACCUGGUGGAGUUUGGACUGCAAGCACCCGGCAAACUACAGCUCCUGCCUCGGCUCCUGCUCUAAACUUAUACCUCGUCCCCGAGAGGCUAAUGGACUAUUAAAGGAAACUUUUCAACAACCCUCCCCAGCGCAACUUCAAAAGCGAGGUGAGUUUACAGGUUGAAGAAGCGGUCCUUGCAACUUGAAACCUGCCCUCUUAUUCACACUGGUUGAGCACAGUCUAAAACGCCGCUGGCCUCUCAUCAACCACAGCCUCAACAGAAGCAGCUACCAUGGGCAAACAGAACAGCAAGCUCCGUCCCGACGUCAUGCAGGACCUGGUGGAGAACACGGACUUCACCGAGCAUGAGAUCACAGAGUGGUACAAGGGCUUCCUGAGGGACUGCCCCAGCGGCGCCCUCUCCAUGGAGGAGUUCAAGAAGAUCUACGCCAACUUCUUCCCGUACGGCGACGCCUCCAAGUUCGCCGAGCACGUCUUCCGCACGUUCGACGCCAACGGAGACGGCACCAUAGACUUCAGGGAGUUCAUCAUCGCCCUGAGCGUCACCUCGCGCGGUCGGCUGGACCAGAAGCUGAAGUGGGCGUUCAGCAUGUACGACCUGGACGGGAACGGAUACAUCAGCAAGGCGGAGAUGCUGGAGAUCGUUACGGCCAUUUACAAGAUGGUUUCCUCUGUGAUGAAGAUGCCUGAGGACGAGUCCACACCUGAGAAACGCACAGACAAGAUCUUCAGGCAGAUGGACACAAAUCGAGAUGGUAAACUGUCACUGGAGGAGUUUGUUGAGGGGGCCAAGAGCGACCCCUCCAUUGUGCGACUGCUUCAGUGUGAUCCCAGCAGCGCUGGGCAGUAAAAAAAAAAAAAAGAACUUUUCCCUCUUCAGUUUAAUUAAUUUAACACAUUUUCAAAGUCUCUCCCAUCCGACCCAGCUGACGUUUUCUUUGACAUGUGACACCUUGAGCUAUAGAGGCACAUGAACACGCAGACAGACAACAAGCAAAUGCACAUACUGCAAGUACUGCAGCCUGAUGCAUAUUUAAUGGUACAGAAGCCUACGUGCACACACUGUUCAUGCGCCUCUACGCCUGGUCAAACGCUCCAGACACAAACACGGGUGUCGUAUAUGGUACUAGCUUGACUCAAAGGACUGAAAUCCCAUCAAAGACUUGUUAAGUCUCUGCUGUCUUCAUCCGAGAGGAUAUUUCAGCACAUUUGUGAGGUACGCUGAGCCGAAUCCAAGUUUGUCAUUUGUUUUUAUUCUUUUUAUUUGUUGUUUUCAAAAGCUUUAUUCCUGACUUAAAGGGAAUCAUGGUUGUUCAGUUUGACGGACUUGAGUUGCGGCGUUACAACGGACAGAUCUGUACUAAGUAUUGCAAUCUUACUCCAUGUUAACACUGGAAGAAAUGAAGUAUGUGGGUCCGGGACUACAAGUAUUCUCAGCUUACAGUAUGGCUGCGUAGACAGGUGAUCUGGGAAUUGUAGUUUUAAACCACGGAAGAAAAGGGAUUUCUCAUUUUCUGUUUUUUAAAUGUAUAUUUUGGAGGAAUGUUACAUCGAACCAAAAACUAACUCGGACAUCUACAUGAAGGCAAAUGUUCUGAUGACAGAUGAGGACACCCAUCUGUUCUUCUGAAAGUGACGUUUCAUGCCAAGUUUUGUCCACAAACACAUGUACACACAUUGACACAUUGAUUAUUCUCAUGAAUAACAACUUGACAUAUGCAUAUAAACUGAGCUGUGAUUCUCUUUCUUCAACUAUGGUUCAACAAGUGUAUAAGCGAAAAAUGAAAAGGAUAGACGUUACAUGAAUAUAUAUAGUGUGUACUUAUAUAUUCUUUUACUUUGUGAUAACAUUGUGGCAAUUUGCUGCAGUGGAAGAGAUUCACUUUAAAAUGUUGACGUGUAAGUUAUUGGAAUGUGAUGCUAAACAUUUUAUUUUCUUCUACUUGACGAAUAUGAUAUGAAAGAAAGUUGUAUAGUAUAUUCACUCAUAUUUAUGCUAGAGAUGUUAAAGGAAAGGAGAGGACCACACAUAUUGCUGUACAUUCAGAUUUAAAUCUAAAUUUCUACAUUUAGUAUAUGUAGCUUAUUUUAUCCCAUUAUAUGAGAGAGAAGAUAGCUACAGAUAUCUGUUUGAUUCUAAUCUUCACAAUUGACUUUAUAUGUCCCCAAGAGGAUAAGUUAACCUUUGCAAUCAUUACAUUUUUGUCUUCAAAUUCAAAUGCAACAAUGAUAUCUGUGCAAAUAUGGUAUCACGUCCCCUGAAUGUGCACUUCUUUUCCUAAUCUGCAAGAAAUAUUAAGUCCAGCUCUAAUUCGAUUUAAAUGCAACUGACAAUUUUAUUUCACAAUAACAGACACAAAAACUGACAAAUGCAUGCACUGAAGUUGGUUGCGAAUGAUGGCAGGAUCCACUAGACGUAUGUGUUUUUGCAGAAUUUAAAGAUAGCUCUUUAUGGCUCUCCAUUGCUUAUAUGCUAUAUACUGCGACGAAGCAGUCGAAGUUUUCCAGGCUUCUGCACAUUUCAUUGAGACAAUCAGGUACUCCAGUCCCACAUUUCAUUUCGAUAGCAUCUUGUGGUCAAGUGCCAAAUAUAGAAGAAUUAAAUAAAAUACAAAAAGACAGUAUUGUAUUCAUUUAUACUGUACAGUUGUUACCUGUCGAACAAAAAAGAAACUCAUUGUAUCAUUUUGUAGAUUUUGUAUUGUUAACUUGCAUUACAUGUUCUGUGUAGGAUGUCCAUUUUGUUAUUUCAAUAAAGAAGACAAAAUGGUAAAAAAA